CCAUCGGCCAUGCGCGCAUCGGUCGUCGCACAAGCAGACCCGAGAGGAUAGAGAGAAAAUGAACGCUCUGGAGUCGCGCUGCGAGCGAUAAAACCCGAUGAUUCUGUCGUCGUUGUGAGUGAAUAGAAAUCGAUUGGAUCGGUCGAAAUGGAAGCCAGCGUGUACAGGAACGAGUCCGGAAUCACACCAGAACUGUACUUCCUGAUCGCGAAAUUUUUGGCGGGUGGUCCGUGCAAGAAGGCCGCCGCGGUGCUGAGGCAAGAAUUGGAGCACACUGAGGUGUUACCUCGACGUCUCGACUGGGAAGGACGUGUGCACGGUCAAACGUUCGAGGAAUUGGAGAAAAAAUAUCCUCACAUUAAACCGGAUCAUUUGUUGCAAAUAUGUGCGAGAAUUGGACCGGUGUUGGAGAAACAGGUGCCACCUUGUGUUCCUGGGGCAAUAUCGCUUCUGGGAGCAGGCAGGCAAUCUCUGCUGCGUACUCACGAAGAUAUCUUGCGUUACGUACGCAGCGUCGUCUAUUGUUCCGGAAGAUUUGGUGGAAAACCUUUCCUGGAACGACCUGGUAUUUUGUCAGUGCCUAAUAUAGUACGUGUACUUCAGGGACGUGAGAAUUCCGGCCCUUUAAGCCGAAGAGAGGCGAUUUCGCCAAAGUUUUAUAACAAAAUGCAAAUGUAUCGACAUACAUUAGGCCAUUUAUCGGCAGUAUACUGCGUGUUGUUUGAUCGUACCGGCCAGUAUGUUAUAACCGGAGCAGAUGAUCUGCUUGUCAAAGUUUGGAGCUCAGUUGAUGGACGAUUACUUGCUACUUUUCGAGGCGCGUCUGCGGAAAUUAUGGACAUCGCGGUGAACUUCGAUAACACUUUGUUGGCAGCGGGAAGUUUAGAUCGAAUAUUGCGAGUCUGGUGUUUCCAGACGAUGUCUCCUGUGGCAGUUUUGUCCGGACAUUCAGGCAUGAUUACGUCCGUGAAAUUUUGUCCAAUAGCUUGUAAUGGUAUUUACUAUUUGGUCUCUACCAGUACUGAUGGAUCCGUAGCGUUUUGGUCUCAUACAAAGAAACUGAAUGAAAGAGCAGUAUUUCAGUCAAAACCUAUUCAGUACAACGAGAAAAUGAGACCAGGUCAAGCACAGAUGAUUUGCGCGUCUUUUAGUCCUGGUGGUGCGUUUAUGGCAGCUGGAUCUGCUGAUCAUCAUGUUAGAGUUUACGCAAUGUUGGGUGACGAAGGUCCGCGCAGAGUUCUCGAAGUCGAAGCGCAUUCUGAUACUGUCGAUAGCAUCCAAUGGGCUCACGAUGGUUUAAAAUUCAUUUCCGGUUCAAAAGACGGAACGGCGAAUGUAUGGCAUUUCGAGCAACAGCAAUGGCAACACAAACAAUUGUUUAUGACAACUAAACUUCCCGGAGAACCAGAAACGGAUGACGACUCGAAUAAGAAAGCGAAAGUAACUAUGGUGUGUUGGGAUGUGAGCGAUGAAUUUCUUAUUACGGCAGUUAACGAUUAUUCGUUAAAAGUAUGGGGAGCAAAAUCGGGCGAACUGAUGAAAAUUUUACGCGGACACAAAGACGAAGUAUUCGUAUUAGAAUCACAUCCAAUAGAUCAUCGUGUGAUACUUAGUGCUGGUCACGAUGGACAACUUAUCAUUUGGGAUGUACUAAUUACUGAACCAAUAGCGUGUUUUCAAAACUUUGUCGAGGGUCAAGGAAACUGUGCUGUCUUUGAUGCGAAAUGGUCACCAGAUGGUACGAUGCUCGCUGCGACAGAUUCUAAUGGUCAUCUUUUGAUUUAUGGAUUUGGAUCCGGAGUCGAGAGAAUGAAAAUUAUACCUAAGGAAUUAUUUUUCCACACGGAUUAUCGGCCCUUAAUCAGAGAUGCGAACAAUUUUGUUCUUGACGAGCAGACGCAAACAGCGCCGCAUUUAAUGCCGCCACCAUUUUUAGUGGAUGUGGACGGAAAUCCUUAUCCUCCAGCACUGCAGAGAUUGGUUCCUGGGAGAGAAAAUUGUAGAGGCGAACAAUUGGUACCGAAUAUUGCAGUUGGCGCUGGUGGAAUGCAGGAAGUUAUAGAAGGUCUUCCGGAGCAAGAGCCAAGAUCCAAUAUUGAUCAACUGAUUGAAGAACUCGCUCAGAGGCGCAAUAUUGGUGCUGAUGGAGAAGCCGUUGGCAUUGGCGAAGAUAGAGAGAAUAACAUUGCGGAACAACAUUCGGUCCAUAAUCGUCAAUUGGCGAGUCCUCGCGCGAGCAGAGCUGGUCUGAGAAGAGAAGGUAAUGUCGAAGGCGUUCGGCAAAGUAGCGGCAAUUGGCAAAGGGAUAGUACAACGCCUUGGAACAAACCUCUUCUCGCGCGUGCCAUGAAUCCAGCUGUUAGAGAGACUCAGACUAAAACGAUUCACGAUAUAGCCAGUAUGGAAUUAGAGUGCUGGCGACGGGAAAUGAAACGACGGCCGCAGCCUACAUCGAGCACUGCCGCGAAUCAAAAUAACAUGGCAAAUAAACUCGGAACUCGCAAAUGCAAAAGAACCACCAGACAUCAUUACAGAACUAGAGCAGCGCGCGGUGAAGAACAGGAGGAAGAAGAUUAUGAGAAUGAUAACGGUGUCACGUCGGCGACUUCUGUCAGUAACAGCAAUGACUCCACUGCUCAGGAAGAAGAUUUGUGUUCCUAUAGCAGCAGCAGCAGCAGUACAGAAUCGAGUACCGAAUAUUCCGAUUGGAUCGCAGAUCACGGGUUAAGUUUGGAACCUCCUAAACGUAGUAAACGUAAACCAGUUAAAAAACGGUCUCUCACACCACCGAAUGACGCAGAUCGAAGACGCAGUAGACGUCCUAAGAAACAAGAAAUAGCGAUAGCUAAUGGUAUUCAUGAAGUUCCUGAAGUUUACCGACCGUCAGAGUGGCUUACCGAAGUUAUACCGAGGAAAGCACCUUAUUAUCCGCAGAUGGGCGAUGAAAUCGUUUAUUUCAGACAAGGCCAUAAAUUUUAUUUAGAUGCAAUUAGGAAUAAAAAAGUUUACGAGCUUAGUCCGCGAUGUGAACCAUGGACCAAGAUGACUAUUAGAGCGCAAGAGUAUGUAAAAGUAGUAGGUAUUAAAUACGAGAUAAAGCCGCCUCGUUUGUGUUGUUUAAAAUUAGCAUUGAUGGACGAAGAUGGCCGGCUUACCGGACAGAAUUUUACCAUCAAAUAUCACGAUAUGGCUGAUGUGUUGGAUUUCUUAGUGUUACGUCAGACUUUUGAAAUGGCCUUAGCCCGAAGUUGGUCCGAAGGAGAAAAGUUUCGUUGUAUGAUCGACGAUGGUUGGUGGAUGGGACAGAUUGUCGGAAUGGAACCGUUGGAUGAGGAAUUUCCUGAUUCGUUCUUUAUGUGCUUUCGCGUCAGAUGGGACAACGGAGAAUACGAACGAAUGAGUCCUUGGGAUCUCGAACCCAUUGAUGAAAAUAGACUUCCUGUUGAAGUCGGUGGCGCAGUUCCCGUUUUACCUGAGGAAAGACAAGCAAUAUUGUAUCAACCUCAUCCGGAAGAGUGGCCUAUGGGUGACAGAGAAGAGACUUGUCGUCGAAUAAUACGCGGUCUGGAUCAGAUAAUGAGUCUUGCAAUUGCAGAACCGUUUGUGGCGCCGGUGGAUCUCAGUCUUUAUCCAUCUUAUGCCUUAAUUGUGCAGUAUCCGAUUGAUUUGUCGACUAUAAAAGCUCGUUUUGAAAAUCGUUUCUAUAGAAGAAUCACGUCCGCACAAUUUGACGUCAGAUACUUAGCAGCCAAUGCCGAACAAUUCAACGAGCCGCACAGUCAUAUAGUGAAAAAAGCGCGAAUAGUCACCGAUUUGUGUUUGCGUAUAAUAAAGGAACCUACCGACAUAGAUGUUUCGGCGGUAUAUCAUCAAUUGAACGAUACGUACCAUUCUUCAGACUCUGACUUGGAUAUAGAAAAUAAACCGUCAACGAGUAAACAAAAACCAGCAUCAAGUAGAAAGUUACGCUCACAAGAUUUGGCACAAGACUGGAAAAUGGCGUGUCGUCAUUUGUUGGAAACUCUGUGGCAGUGCGAAGAUUCAAUUCCUUUCAGAGAACCAGUUGAUAGAUUGGAACAUCCAGAGUAUCAUCAAAUAAUAGACACACCAAUGGACUUACGCACUGUCAAAGAGGAUUUACUAGGUGGUAAUUAUGAAACGCCAUUGGAAUUUGCCAAAGACAUGAGAUUGAUAUUUAUCAAUAGUAGAAAUUAUAAUACAAACAAACGUUCAAAGAUAUUUUCGAUGACAGUAAGAUUAUCGGCUCUGUUUGAGGAACAAAUGCGCUCUGUACUUUCAAGUUGGAAAUCCGCGCGUAGACGUAACAAUAACGCAAAGUCAAAAGCAAAAAAGAAAGGAAAAACGCAAAAAGGAAAACAUAAAUUAAGCAACGGCACAGGACAUCCGAAAUCGAAGUUUACUCAGAGUGAUGAUAAUUUAGACAGUGAAGAUGACGAUGAUGAGGAUAAGGAACAAACAAAGAAACAUUCUGAUAUAUCUGCACCUGGACCUUCUCGAAUGACAAACGGUCACACGAGGCGAUCCAAUUCUCGGCCAAUGUUGAAGCUACGAAUUUCGAGAUCAACCGUGUCGAAGAAAGCGGAGGACAGUUAUAGUGAUUCUGAUGCAACGACAGCAGAUGUCGAAAGUAGUGACAGUGCUCCUGUUCGACGGACUAGAGCAAGGAUGGCAGUGCCUAGUGUUAGUGCCGACACUGAUUCCGGUGACGAUUACACACCUAGCGGUCGUGGCAGACAGGUUCGUAAGAAUCGCGGUAAAAAUAUUAAGAACGGCAAACAGUUCAAGUCUAAAGUGAAACCAAACGUUAUUGUGGACGACGAUGACGACGACGACGACGACGACGACGACGAGGAGGAAUAUGUUGCGGAGAGCAAGAAGAACAAGGAUGAAGAAGAAGACGAGCAGUUUGUCAUGGCGGAUUCAACGGAAGAAGAAAGCGAGGACGAAAAAGUUGUCAGAAGAGACACCAGGUCGCGUAAGUUAGUGACCGUGAAAGAAGAAAACCAAAAGUAUACCGCUAAUAAUAAAAAGAAAAAAAGCGACACCGAAAGUGAUAAUGAUGAUGAAGAAGAACAAGAUGAGGAUGACGAAGAAGAGGAGGAAGAAGAGGAAGAGGAAGAAGAAGAAGAGAAGGAAGAGCAGUUACAGUACGAAGUCAACGAUCAGGAAUCAGACGACAGUGACUAUUCGUACAAAAGAUUGCGCUCGUGUAGACGGAAUCCAAAAAAUGCGAAACAGCAGCAGCAACAACGCAGUAGGCGAGUCUCGGCUCGUAAACGUCCUCGUUACAACGAGGAAAGUGACGACAGUGCCGCGCUACCAGUGAGGAAUCGACGUAAGAUCGUACGUCGUUCCUACGCUGAGGAAAGCGACGAGAGUCUACCAGAGCCUGGCAUUAGCAUAAGUAGCAGAGGUCGUAUACGUAAGAUGACACCACGUGCCCGCGCUUAUCUUCUAGAGUCACCCUAACAGCAUCUCUUGUGUUAAUAGGCAUCAUCAUCACACACACAUGUACCUUAAAACAAUUUUGUAUAAAUCUCAUAAAAGACCGUAUGUCCCAUAUUAGAAACCAGGAUGUCACAAUAUCACGAUCAAAGAAAAAGAAAACGGAUUUUAUCUUUUCGAUCUCACAACUCUUCAUGUUCGGGUCUUUUUUUUUUUUUUUUUUUUUUCUUUUUACAAUUUAGUUGCGGCACACGAAUCUCUAAAUAAGUAAUGAUAGUAUAUAUUUCUGAUAGAGAUACGGUCUUCGGAAAUCGACAAAAUAGAGAUAAUUCUUAUCACUUUUUUUUUUUUGUCUUCAUGUAAACUUGUUCACAUUUAUGGAUAAAAGAUUGAGAUCGUCGUAUCGUAGAACGAAUCGUGUUUUUAGAAACGUUUCUGAUGUGGAGUACUUUCGGUUUUACUAAGCGGGUUGUUCUUAAGAAGGUUUUUUUUUUUUUUUAUAAUUUAUCAUUUUUUUUUUUUUUUCUAUAGUAUAGUGGUACAAGCGGAAACAGUGUAAAUCGUCACUUAUGCAAUAAUUUUUGAUAUUUUGAUAGUCAUUCUGUACCAUUUUGUUUACAGCUUCAUUUCAACUAUAGAUUUAUAUAUAUAUAAAAGUUUUACUUGCUCUAAUUAAUAGAGAAACAUUCUAUAUAUAAUAUAUAUAAACUUGUUGUUGUGUACAGAUAUAAGUAUUUUGUUAUUCAUCUUAAACAAAAGUAAAAAAAAAAAAAACCUAUUUGUGAAAAGAAAUAAUGAAUCUUAAUUGUACAAUUGCUUCCAUUGAUUUUUUUCAAAAGUUCAGUUGACAAAUGAAAAUUUCAUGCUAUAUGAUUAUAAGAGAUAACACAAAGAAAAUCGCGAUAUUAUUCAUCAUGUUAUUUCAUAAGACAAAGUUUGGUCUCGUGAAAGAAACGAAGCAAGGUUGAAUAGUGCACUUAUAUAAAAUUUUAUCAAGUUGUCAUUUUUAAAAAAUACAAGUCUUCUUUCCGUAUUAUUAUUAUUAUUAGUAAUAGUUGUUCGUUAAGAGUUUAUCUAUGAAAAAAAAGUUUGCAAUUUUCCAAAUACACUGUAACUACUUGAAAAAUUCAGAGAUUAGAGAAAAUCCUGUUUCUCAGAUCUAAAGUAAAAAUCUAUUAUACGUUCUAUUGUGGAAAAAAAAAUUAAUAAAUUUCUUCCACUUUAUCUGCAAAAGAUUUUUAAGAAAAAACGUAAGCAAAAUAAUAAUAAUUCUAAUACAGUUUUGACAUGUUGGCCAAAAUAAAUAGGACUUAAUACAAUUCGAUAAAACACACACAACGGCUACCUCUGGACAGCGGAUUUCUAAGUUUUUAAGUUCCUGGGCACCUGCGCGUUACAGUCAUAUUGAAUUACAUCAGAAACGGAAAAAGAAUUUCCUGCAAAAUCUAUCUGUUGUCCUGCAAAGUUAUUAAAUCUAACUUUUUUCGUACGAACCUGUUUUUCGAUAGAAAAAGUACUUGCGGAAAAUAUAAAGAAAAACAUUUUCAGUUUAUUAACUAAUAAAUGUUUGUCAAUCUCAAUAAAAUAUCAAAAAACUUAUUUUAAGUGAAAAUACAGCAUAUGAUAGACCGAAUUACACGCAUACAUAUGUUGCAUUUCUUAAUGUAAAAAUAUAAAAAAGAACUUUUUGGUGGGAAACUAACGAAUGUGGAUUGUUCUGUGGAUAAUAAAUCCACUUUAAUUGAAAAUUUCUUUAUUGUAUAACGCUUGAUUUAGAAAACGAUAUAUAAGCUCUCUCGCUUUUUGACGUUAAUUCAAUAUGGUUGCAACAAAUAUAUUCAGAAGUUUGUUAUCGCAAAAUGAUAUUUGUAACAGCGACAACGAUCUAUUUUUCAUAGCAAAGAAUAAAAAUUAUCUGAAUGAAAAAUAGGGAAUAUAAGAAGAAAAAAGUUUUAAUAUCUUCUUUUUUUGGU